AUGUAUAGAGAUGCAACUAGUUCAUCCUCAGAUGAAGACGAUCUUCUAUUUGCAGCCGAUGCAGCCCUAUUGUUCGGUCUAGAUGCUGAACCAAUCAGAGGUCCUAUCCAGAAGGUUCCAUGCAGAACAUCAGCUUUAUCUGGCAGACAAUGGUUUGAAGAACUGAUGUCAGGGCACUACACCCGAAUUAUGGAUGCAACGAGGUUAAGCGUAGAUUCAUUUAUGAGAUUGUGCAACAUAUUGGCCGAUUGUGGAUUUGUUCCCCAGCAUCAUCAAAAAAGGGUGACGAUAGAGGAGGCACUUGCGAUGACUUUAGUUAUGAUGAGUCACAAUAUGCGGAUGCGCAUGAUUGUGGACCGAUUCAACCACUCGCUGGAGAUAGUGCAUCGGAAUAUUCAUGAAGUUAUCAAGGGUCUAUGUACAUUUGCGCAAUUCAUCAUCACUCCAAGGCGCCAGGAUGAAGUCCAUCCAAAAAUUUUCAAUGCUACCAGAUUUUAUCUAUGGUUUGAGGACGCAGUUAGGACCAUUGACGGGACACAUAUACCCGCUUCUGUCCCGAGUAGACGACAGGUGGCAUACACAAAUAGAUAUGGAGUGCAGUCAGUUGUAUGUGAUCAUGAUAUGAGGUUUGUAUACGUGUAUGCAGGUUGGGAGGGAAGUGCCCAUGAUGCUCAGCGAACAUUUGGGGUCCUUAAGAGGAGAUUUGCUAUCUUGCGGGGCGCCAUACCCCACUAUAUGAUGACUGCUCAGAUAAACGUUGUUAUUGUCUGUUGUGCUGUACAUAAUUUCAUUAGAGAUCAACAGCCGAAUGACUAUUAUUUCGCCAACCCCGAUAUAGGAGAUCCAGACACAAAUGGUGCAAUUCCUCCCUAUCCGGAGAUACAUCCAUUACAUUCCCCUCCCGAAGUGAUUAACCAAUGGAUUGGCAUGAGAGAUGCAAUGGCCAAUCAUAUGUUCAGUACCUAUAGAAAUACACGCCAUCGUUAA